GAGAAGAGGCAGGCAGAAGAGAGGAGGGCUCCAUCCAUGAAGGUGGAAAGGAAGUUCUCUGAGAGGGAAAGAGCUCCGCUGGAGGAAGGGCAGCACGCCCACGACCAGGAACGCCCCCAGAAUGGCCUCUCACGCGGCAGUGAAGAGAGAGUGUUGAUCCCUCCUCUUUGUGGAGGUGUGAAAACAGGUGCUGCACUUCCAGCCCAGUCUCUGGUUUCCUUUGGGGAGGUGGCCGUGUAUUUCACACAGGCAGAAUGGGCACUACUGGAUCCAGCCCAGAGAGAUCUCUACAAGGGCGUCAUGCUGGAGAACUACGAGAGUGUGGCCUCUCUGGAUCCCCCCUUUUCAAAUGCACCCUGA